CCUAAGCAAUAAUCUUUCCCUCUUGCUUUAUACCGCCACAUUUUCACUAGGUAGGGUACUGGAUUUGACCCGACCUUCAGCUUCAGCACAACAAUCUCCUAGCCAUCUAGUGCUGGACCUGGCCCGUCUUCACCAACUUUCGCCCAACACCCUAUAUAGAAUUGAGAAUGAAGUUAGUCCAUUUCCUUAUUGCCUUUUCUCUCGUCGUCUUCAUUCAAGCUGCUUUUGGGGAGUUGGUGUGUGAGGAAUUGCCGGUUGGCGUCUGCUCUUUCUCAAUUGCAUCUUCCGGGAAGAGAUGCUUGUUAGAGACUUAUCCAUCCCGCCACGGGACUACGGAAUUCCAGUGCAAGACAUCGGAGGUGGCGGCGGCGACUAGUUUGCGUGAACAUGUUGAGACAGAUGAAUGUAUUGCCGCCUGUGGAGCUGAUCGGAAAUCAGUCGGAAUAUCAUCGGAUUCCCUCCUCGACCACCGUUUCACGGCUAAACUUUGCUCCCCACAAUGCUACCAAAACUGCCCCAACAUUGUUGAUCUCUACUACAACUUGGCUUCCGAAGAAGGAGUUUUUUUACCAGACCUCUGCAAGGCACUAAGGACCAGUUCUGGCCGUGAAAUGACGUCACGGUUUCUGAGCUCUGGUGCCGCCUUCGCUCCGGCGUCCACUGCGGCGGCAGCUCCGAUAUCGGAAGCAGCGGCUUUUGCUCCAACUUCGAUUGCCUCUGUUGAUUGUGCUCCAGCACCUAUGUAAUAAAAUCACAAAAUAUUAUCACUAAUGGUUAUUAUAUAUAUGUUUUAUGGUUUGAUGAUAUAAUCUUUAAAUUACAUAUUCCUCUUUGUAUGUAAGAAUGUAAGAUUGUAGUGUAUUGUAAGUAUUCCUUCUUUAUUUAUGCAAAUAAAAUAAUCCAUAUCUUCUAUCA